AUGCAUGAUAAGGAAAAUCUUUAUAGCGCUAUUGAUUUUUGGCGCAAAAACACCUGUGUCAAAUUUGUUGAGAUUGAGUCUAAUGCAACGGUUCCGGGUUCAGUUCGAUUUAUUCCGGUUAAGGAUAACAAUGUUUUUAUGGAUGCUGUGAUUGGAAAGCAGGUGGAAGAUGAGCAAAUGGUGUUGGAUAACAAUGUUUUUAUGGAUGCUGUGAUUGGAAAGCAGGUGGAAGAUGAGCAAAUGGUAUUGGUGCCGCAGAACGGUAAGCUGCACGAAUACAUCAGAAUUAUUGGACAUCUGCUUGGACUUGCAUUCCAGCAUCAAAGACCGGACGGGCACAAAUUUCUUCGAUACCAGCUGCAAAAUAUCCAGAGCCCUCAUUAUCUACCAUUUUUCGAGCCGAAAGAUGUGACGACGUAUCUGCCAUUUGAUUAUGGCAGCAUGACAGCAGUUAAUCCGAAGCUGUAUGGCAAGGAAAACAAGUCAGUUCUGGAACCGACCGAUCUGCGCUACCAGGAAACAAUGGGUCAAAAGAAACCAUCAUUCUUCGAUUUGUAUGCUGUGAACACUCAUUACGAUUGCAUUGAUAAACUUGGAGACGGUCUGAUGAUCAUUUCGGAAACAAAUAUGGUCCCAAUAAUUGCUUCAAAUCGGCUUGGACCGGACAGCAUGACCAUAUAUGAGUUCAGCUAUCAGCAGAUUAAAAGAGAAGAUGCAUGGAAUUUGAUGCGCGCGCUUAUUAAACCAAGUGCUCCGGAAUUGGAAUACAACAUGGAUCCGCCAAUUCAGCACAGGAAAGCAGAAAAUAUUCCUGCAGAUGUGGAUAGAAUAACUGAAUCAGUUAUUCCAACUGGGAAGGCAGAAAAUGAGCCAGCAAUUCCGGCUAAAUCAGUGAAGGAUGAAUCAACAGUUCCGGCUGAAGACGCAAUAGAUAAGUCAGCAGCUCCGGCUGCAAAACCAGUAGCUGCUACUGAAGAAAAAGAGCCCGUACUAGAAAACCCAAAAAAUGAGGAUUUGGAAGCUCCAGGGCCGAGUGGCCUGCAAACUUUUGAAGAGUAUAAGCGCAACGAACCAUUCCGAGCAACAAGUGAUUGGAAAGUACUAUAUAACAGUUCCGAAAACAAACAGGCCACUGGAUUGUUCGUGAUUUAUGCGGUAAGUUUUGAUUAA